AUGGCGGCGUUGCGCAGGCUGGUGCUGUCGGUGCUGGGGAGCGGCAGCAGGUCGGCGGCGCGGGACGGCGUCAGGGCGCGCGUGCGGAGCGGCGGCGGCGGUGGCGGCGGCGCGGCGGCGGCGGGAGUCGGGCUCGUGGCCGGGGCGGCGGCGGGACUGUACCUCAGAUACCGGGGAGCGCGCGCGGGGCUGAGCAGCAACGCGCCGGUACUGGCGGAGGAUCCGAACCGGCGGUUGGACUUGGAGGAUGGAGACGUGUACAUGUCGUCCCAUGAGCACCGCUUCCGGCUUUUCAGCUCUCUGGAGUACGAGGGACAGCUUUACAUGACGCCUCAGAACUUCAUCGAGUCGGUGACCAUGAGUGAGCCAAGGAUUAAGAAGUCCUGGCGGUGCCUCAGUAAACAGGAAGUGGAGAAGAUCCUCUCGGAGACGCCACCGGUGUGGAAGGGAAGCUCCACCCUUUUCCGAAAUCUGAAAGAGAGAGGCAUCAUCGCUUACACAGAGUAUCUCUUCCUGCUUUGCAUCCUGACCAAGCCUCAUGCUGGCUUUAAAAUAGCCUUUAACAUGUUUGACGCCGACGGCAACCAGAUGGUGGACAAACAAGAGUUUCUGGUGCUGCAGGAAAUUUUCCGGAAGAAGAACGAGAAGAAGGGUCGCAAGGGAGAUGCAGAGAAGUCAGCUCAGCUGAGCAUGCAGCUCUAUGGAUAUCAUGUCGCCCCAGGCACAAGCGUGUCGAAAAAAGAGAGCCGAGAGGAGCGUGUGGCGCGGAGCUACUGGGACGUGUUGAGACGAAGCGCCAGCCAAGCGCUCUUUUCUGACCUGGCAGAGGAUUAUAAUCUGGAGCGCACGGACGACAGCAUGACCAUCGACACCACGUUGCUUGUACACUUCUUCGGGAAGAAAGGGAAGGCGGAGUUAACAUUCGAUGACUUCUACAGGUUUAUGGAUAACCUCCAGACCGAGGUGCUGGAGAUCGAGUUUCUGACCUACUCCAAAGGCAUGACCACCAUCAGCGAGGAGGAUUUCGCUCGCAUCCUCCUGCGAUACACCAACGUGGAGGACAUCCGCAGCUACCUGGAGAACGUGCGCCAGUCCAUCCCUGAUGAAAAGGGCAUUACGUUUGAAGAGUUCAGGUCUUUCUUUCAGUUCCUGAACAACCUUGAAGACUUCGCUAUUGCUAUGCAGAUGUACAACUUCGCCAGUCGUUCUAUCGGACAAGAUGAGUUUGGGAGGGCAGUGUACGUAGCCACAGGGCUUCAACUGACUCGUCACUUAGUGAACACCAUCUUUAAGAUCUUCGACGUGGACCACGACGACCAGCUGAGCUACAAAGAGUUCAUCGGGAUCAUGAAGGACAGGCUGCACCGGGGAGCCAGGGAUUAUAAGGAUGUGGAAAAGUUCACUUCCUUCAAGUCAUGUCUGAAGAAGGAGCUGGCUGGAAGCAGGUAAACAGUGUGAGAUCAAUCCAGAAUUUGUUUAAAGGAAGGAGCCUUCAUCGAUACCAUCAUCACCAUCAUGACCAGAUGUCUUCCAUAGAGCGUCUGUUGAGACGGUUCUGCACUGCAUGUUCUGCAUGACUUUCCUCCAUUCUCUCAGCUCUUCCAACACCGGAAUUUUACCUAAUAUGAGAAUGAUGUAAUAAAUUAAAUAAUUAAAUGAUUAUAAUAAUAAUUAUUAUUAUAUAUGCACUUCUGAAACUGUACAACACUAUACACACUGUGAAGCGAUGGCUGUUUAAAUGCACACAGUUCAUGAGUCUGCUGCCUUUUGAUGAUUUCUGAUUUAUUUUUAUCACUAUAUGGCGAUCACGACACUGCUUCAUCAUAGUUUUCUUUCCUGAAAGAAAGAUCCGAGGUUUAUACACACGUUAAUUAUGCUAAUUCUUCCUACUUAUUUAUUCGGAUUUAUUUUAGAUUGUUCGUUAACUCGGACAAGUGAAACCAAAGCUAGCAAACUAGCUUAAACAUAGUUGUACGUAGCUAACGUACUUGAUCCUGAUAGGUCAGGUGGCGUAGUAUUGUUUCGAUAUGAAGAACCUCACGUUUAGAGAGACAGGUAAAUAAUAAUCAAUAAAAUGUGCAGUUAUUUGACUAUCACAGAAGGGGUCUUUUUAAAACUUUUCUCCAUAACAUGAGAAAUUGUUGAACGGUAAUGAUUGUCAUCACGGUAAUGACAUGCCGAUUCAAUUUUUCGGAUUUUGUUACAAUUCUAAACAAACUUGGCAAAUAAUUGUUUGCUGCCUGCCAAUGUGCGAAUUCUUUAAAGUGCACCACCUGCAGGAUUAUAGAGAAACUGCAACAUUUUAGUCACCACAAAUGCAAACACAGAUGAAUAAAAAAAAAAAAUGCAUAUUUUGGAGUCAGCGUGGAGAUACACAACUUGUACUAAAUGUUUUGUUUUACGAAUUGUGAUAUUGAUUUUUCCCCCCUAAUUUGAGUUUUUUUGGGUCCUUAAAAGGUAAAAGGGAGGUUGGUGACGGUAUGACUGUUUACAGCUGCUAUAACAUACUCUGUACGUAUUCCCAUGAUAUUAAACAUAUAUAUAACUGGCUAUAACUGGAUAACUGGUAUGAAAUGUUCUUUAAUACAUAAAAAAAAUUAUAGUAAAAAGAGGAAUAAAAAACAUUGGGGGUUGUGCUGUUAUGUUCUAAGAAAAUAGUUUUGCUCUUUAACGCAUCACUGUUACGCUAAUACACAGUAUAAAUAUAGAGUAUGGUGAACCUGAAGUGCCUGAUUAGAGUGAUUAAAGAUUGUAUUGUUUUAUAUAAAGGCUAACAUCAGAGCGUCUUUAUUAAAUUUGAUUAAAGUCUGCAAUUUUGCCCGAGUUUAUGAGACUGUUAGAAACACGACCGAGAACUGCACGCGACACUGUGAUCUGUGUGUGGACGAUCUGAAUAAUCAUACAGCCUGUUUAACUGAAGUAUAAAAUUAAUGUCAUGAAAUGCCUGAAUUAUAAUAUGAGAAUAUUUAUUUAUAAUUAUUUAUAAUAUAUACUGUUGUGUCGCAUUCUUUAUAUUUUAAUACUAAUAACCAGUUGUUGUACUUGGAACUUGAAAUUCUGCCCUUUUUUUUUUUUUAUUAUUAUUCCUGGUAUGUGAAGCUUCUCAUUGUCACCCGGUAGCCUGGAUGGAACUAUAUUAUAAAUUCAUUAUCAAAUAUUUGUUGUUAUUGUUUGUUUUUUUGAAUGUAUUUUUCUCCUGUAGUUUCUGCAUCAGAGAAUUUUAAUAAAGCAUGUAUCCUAC